AUGCCUCGCGUUGCCCACCCUCUUCUAAGGAACAUUAUUACCAGGAUCCCGUUUGAUGGCCACAGGAGGAAGCAGUGCCUGCAGUACCUGAGAGCCCUGCGCACGCUGCAGUACGACGGGUUUAAGACCGUGUACUUGGGGGAAACAGACAUCCCCGAAAGUCUCGUCACUGGGGAAAAACCCAGCAACAGGCGCGUCCGGCCUGGUCCAGUCUGGAGCGUCGUGCACGCCGGCGGCGGCCAAGGGUGGGUGCCUUGGCACUACCGGAUGUUCCUCAGGGACGAGCUGUGUGUCGGGCAAGAAGACAGCCUGUUCCUGGAGUUCUGCGACGCGGCCAAGAAGGCCCAUGGGAAGUGUGCCAUUGUGGUUAAGGGCGAAGGAGGGCAGGGUGCCGCGCAGCCAGAGGAGGACGAGGCGCCGGAGCCCCAGGCCCCGCCGGUCAUUACCUUGACGAGCGUCGCGUGUCGUCUGGAGGUGGCCACGGCCUACGGCCACGAGCUCCUCUCGCUGCCUCCCCCUUACAACCACCUGAACCCUUUGGACUUGGCCUGGUCCUCUCUGAAAUGGUUCAUCAUCAACCACAGGAAGGAGUUCUGCUUGCAGUCCAUCGACGCCAUCUAUUCUUACCAGUACAUACUUGUCGGCGACUUAAUCAGCCGAGGAAUUGAAAGGAUAAACCCAAGCAAAUGGAGAGCACUAGUGAACAAAGUGCGGAGGUGGGAGAACUACUACCUGGGGAAGUUUUCUUAA